UCUGAUAAUCAAAAGGAUCAUGAUCAUUAUGUCAUUAUCGUCAUUAUCAAUCAAAAGUCAAAAUCGCAUUUUUAAAAAUUAAUUCACAAGUUUAUAAAUAAACUUUAGUGUUCCUAAUUCAUCAAUUUAGUUAAACUUUAGGAGAAAAUGGUUUUAUUUCUUUCAUUAGCCAUCGUAUUUUGUUUACCGGUCUUAUUUCUAACCUAUGAAAUUAUAAAUUGCUAAACAAAGUGCUAAAUUGGUCGACUAUAAUAAGUAAUAACAAAAGAAAUAUAUUUUAACAGUAUGAUUGAGUAUGAUACAAUUUUUCAAUUAACACUACUAUCAAACUGAAUAUGAAAUAAAUUUCUCUGCGAUUUCGGAUUCAACACGAAAAACUCCAAUUAAAAAAGAAAUACAACGGGUAUUUUUUUACCUGGAAAAAUGAUAAAGACAAGUAAUCGGGCUUGUACGGGGAGCAAGUCAGUAAAAAACAGAUGUAAACGAUGUGGUAAAUUAUGUGAUCCCUACGAAAAGCCUGCUCUACAAUGCGUUGGGAAUUGCGCGAGAAAAAUACAUCUUCAUUGUCUGAAGAGAAAGAGUUUUCCCAAUUCUUUUGUCGGCGAUGUUUUUUUCACACUCACAUGUUCCGAUUGUGAGCCUUUUGGCAAUGAAGUUCUAGUCAGAGAUAAAAUGUCCUGGUCGCAAAUAAUUGUCCUCGCAUUGUACAAUUUGAGAGAAAAAUCCAGUGGAAUCAGUAAAAGAGGAUAUUUCCACUGGAAAUCUGACAUCAGUACGUUCGUCGAUCGUCAUUGGGAUUAUUUAUUUACGAAACAAAAGAGACAACCGAAGCAAUGGAUAGGAACGAUUUCCGGUACCUUGUCACACAAUACAGGAAUUUACUUCAAGUCGGGUUCGUCCGAACUUGGAGAAACAGGCUGGUGGAAAUUGAUUUCGAAAGAACCUCCAGAAAUUAUUAUGCACUCAAUCAUAGCAAACAAAAUGGAAAAUAAGACCGAGGAGCAUCCCGUGCAUAUAGUUAAAAAGGAGAGUGUGAGUCCAAUACCAUCGGAAUCGAGCACUUCUCUAGGUGACGAUAGUAGUUACAUUGGAGAUUCUUUAAAGAAUUCGAAGAGUUUAUCACCGCCACAUUUUAGUGAAAUUCUUUCCGAUUUUCUACUCACUGAAGAAGAUUUACACGAUAUGGACAUGCUUGAUACUGAAGAUGGAAUCGAAAUGGACAACAAGCACGAAACACUGUCACUAGCAGAUCUGAUAAGAAAUUUUCGAAAUCAACACUGUCAACCGGAUCAAUAUAAAUCGGAAACGUACGAUUUUGACUAUGAAGAUGAAAAGACAACACUUGACAAUUCGGACGAUUUUGUCGUUUGCGAUGACAACAAGAAUAAUCCGGAGUUUGAACAAUUUCCCGAGGACAGUUCCGACAGUACCGAUUUCAUUCAACCGCAAGUUCAACCCUCACUGUUCACCACUUCCGAACAACGUCCGUGGCCUUGGGAGAAAAAUUACAGUAGCAUUCCGUCAGGUGAGUCGAGAUCACGAAUUAGUGAACGUGAGGAAACUUAUCUGCUGCAACGACUGAAGAGAAGUAAUUUAGCCACGGCGCCUCCAUCCGUUAAACGACUCUACAGGAAAUUAUCGGUACGAAAAUUAAAGAGGGAGUACAGUUUACGAAUUUUUGACGUCGAUCAACUUGGCACAUCACACAUGGCAUUAGGAGUUCACAAUAAGGGCAGUCGAAUUUUGGAUCGAUUUGUGAGUCAUUCGAAAAUUGGUAGUUUCGAGCAAAGGUUGCAGGGAAUCAAUGAAUCGGCUGCGGUUCAUAGUCCUUAUACUAAUAGACUUUUGAAGCCAUUCAUUCGAAGGGACACAACGACAAGACCCCUUUGGCUAAAAUUGCAAGACGAACUCUACGCGAAAACGAAUGAGAACAAUUUCAAUAGGACAAUUCCGACGAAAGCGCCGAUUGAUUAUUCUUACAUUAGGCCGCAGCAUAUUCCUGCUUUGAAUAGUCUUUGUAAUCAGUUCUUUUGGCCUGGAAUUGACUUAUCGGAAUGCUUGCAGUAUCCAGAUUUCAGUUGUGUGGCUUCGUAUAAAAAAUUGAUAAUUGGUUUUGCAAUAAUGGUGCCAGAUGUGGCGUACAAUCAGACGUACAUUUCGUUUUUCUUGACCCGACCAGAAUGGCGUAAUUCUGGUAUUGGUACUUUUAUGCUCUACCAUCUAAUUCAAACCUGUAUGGGCAAAGAUGUCACUUUACAUGUUUCCGUCACAAAUCCCGCAUUAAUUUUAUAUCAAAAAUUCGGAUUCAAAGUUGAAGAGUUCGUACAAGAUUUCUACGAUAAAUAUAUUCCACCGGAUUCCAGGGAGUGCAGACAUGCCCUCUUUUUGAGAUUAUGUCGUUAGUUAUUUUACAAUUAAAGAAAAGAAACAAUGACACUCCGUCACAAAAUAAUUCGAAAGGAGGAAAAAUGGGGAAAGACUACUA